AUGUCUACACUGAGGCCCACCAGUACUAGCGUGACUGACUUGUCAAUCUCGACGACGUCUUCUUUGUCAUCUACAAAGUCGCCUUCUGUAUCACCCAUCUCGAGCACAACCACUGCGAUACUCCUGCUAUUAUCUGCUACGAUUGCUGCCAGUCAAGCCAUCACUCCAGGAAUUGCUGCCAAUGCUCCUAGCACUGGGUUACAAGUCUUUGAAGCAGCGUCUUCGGUAUCAGCUUCGGCAUCUUCUGCUGCCUCAUCAGCUCAGUUGAGAUCAACAUCUUCUACGGAAAUCAAAGCAGUUUCCUCAGCGUCAGAGACCACGCCCUUGUCCAUUUCAAGUAGUGCUUCGAAUGCCGCUUCCGAGAGCACGCCUUCUACUACCAGUAAUGCAGCCUCGAGCACCUCGAGUACAAGCGAAUCUCUAGCACCUUCGACUUCGUCUACUUCUGCUACAGCCACGACUAUCCCUAGCAGUACAAGUAGCUCAACUACCACCACUAGCUCAGGCAGUAUUACGUCGAUUCUGACCGCGUCCGGAUCUCCUACUAUCCCUGAGUCAACGUCCAGUACCGCGAUACCAAGUUCGAUCCUCAUUCUUCCCACAACCACACCUUCUCCGUCGUCGACCUCAACAUCGUCUUCGUCGAGUUCAACGGUCACUACUGCAACAGCUACUUCCGAGUCCAAUUCUUCGAACCCUAGGAUCGCUCCUGUGAAGCCAACUUCGCAUCAGCUAUCACCUCAGGAGAUCGCAGGGAUAUCCUUCGGUGCCGUUGCGGCUGCUGCUAUCCUGUCACUCAUACUCUUCGCUCUCUAUCGUCGGCGUCGCGCUCGUCAGGCAGUCGCUGCUGCUGUUAUCAAGGAUAAACAUGGCUCUUUUCCCGAAAGCGCAUGGCUCUACGAUCCUCGAAUGACACCCGCUCGCGCCCGGUCAGCCGCUUCUGCCACCUCUCUCCAUCACAGUCGCAGUCCAGUCAGCAGCAUGCACUCCAGUAUCCCCAGCAGUGCAAGCAGAAGAGACGCAGCACUCCUCUCUACCAUCGCCGUCCCAGUCGUACUGCCAAAACGCCAACUCAGCAACCCCAUCGGACGAGCUUUAACCUCCAACCCACCUUCUGCAGCAACCCGCCAUCGUCUCUCCUCUUCACUACCAGAUAUCAAACCGCUGCCGCCUACACCUUCUGCCGCUGCAAAAACCUCCACUUUGCCCAGCCCCAUCGCAGAAGUCCCUAGUCCAGUGUCAGAAGUCACCCCUUCGCCCAAAGAAACCAAACGUGAGAGUUUACCCGCGAUCUUGAAGAUUGGUGGGGGCAUAAGGAGACCACUUACUGCUGCGCCGGUGAUGGAGCGGGCGAAGCCAGGGCCGAAUAAGCCUUUGCCUCCCAGACCUGUGGUUGAUGACAAGAAUAGACCAUUUAGUUUUGAGACUGGGGACGAUGGUUCGCAGAAAUUCGGGAUGGCAAAGUAG